ACAGCAAGAGGAACUGCCCCUCCCUACCUUCAAGCUAUGCUCAAACCCUACACCCCAACCCGAGCACUCCAUUCUGCCACCUCAGGUCUCUUGGCCCUCUCACCCCUAUAGGUGUUCAAGCUCUUCUCUUGACCGACACAGACCAAACCAGGAGGAUGUCAACUUCUGAGGACUUCGCAUUGUCCAGUGAGAAUUUGGCAGCAAGGGACAAUGGCAGAGGCAUAGCAUUCCACUUCUUUGAUGCAGUUGACUCAGGAUACAGUUUGCGACCUGGUGUCAUCCCAACCAAUUUUGAUGUCCAACAAUUACAGGAAAUGCCUAACCUGCCUAGUCCAAGAAAUAAUCUUCAUGAAUCUGAGAACAACAAUGCUAUGAGAAGUCCCACGAUUGCUCUAUGUUCUUGUGAAGGAUCUCCCAUCGCCACCACCAUUCACCUGAUGGCCGAAAUGAGUUCACGAGAUGAACUUAAAAACAGACUCCGAAGACAGUUAGUGAUAACAAUCCAGCAACGUGACGAGUACCAGAGGAGAGACAGAGAAGCCAAAGCCAAAGUGAGGAUGUUUGAGAGAAAGGCCAUUGUGUUGAGGGCACGGGUCAGUGCUUUACAACCAGGUCAAAUCCCUUUACGAUCUGGUCAGAUCUCAAACAACUUAAUGCGAGCCAGCAGACAAAUACAGGAACUGCGUGAACAGGCUAGACAGUAUCAAAUGCCUAUUCCGAUAAGAACUGUUCGUGGAUCUCAGAACAGUGCUAUGAGAGGCCAUGGUGACACUCUCUGUUCUUCUUGUGGCCAACCUCUCACCUCAAUCAGCAUACGCCUACGGGCGGUGAUGAGAUCCCGGCAAGCACUGAAAAACACCUUUAGAAGACAAUUCGCGCUGAUAAUCCAACAACGUGAUGAGCUCAGGACCAGAGCUAGAGAAGCUGAAGCUAAAGGGAGGAUUUUGGAGAGAAGGCACAUCCUGAUGAAGGCACAAGUCAGAGCUGUGCAUGAGGCCUACCUAAGAGAUAUCCAGUUAGGUAAUCUCAGCAACCCAUAACCAAAUGUUGUGUGAACCUUCGGUUCUGGAACCAGAGGAUGUGAUGUUUCUGAGAAAUUGGAAGUUAUUUGAUAAAGUUAUGUCACUUACCCAAGUGAUGAGAAAUAGCUAGUUAUUUGAUGCAAGAUGAUUUGCAGUUGACAGCAAGUCAAUAGCUUUAUGACAGGCUUCUCUCUCUCUCUCUCUGAAUGAAAAUAUACAAUCAAUUCCAUGCAUUCGUGCAUAACAAAUACCAUGCAUAAUUCUUUUGAAUAUACAUAAUGAUCUUAGCUUUUCUGUACAAUAUUUUAAUAAAAAUGUAUUCAUUGUAUAUAUUUAUUUUCCCUUUUACCUAUAUUAAAUUGGAUGAGAAAAAAAAAUGUAUAAUUUGUAAUUGUGUGUAUGUAACAUAAACCAUUGACACUAAAGGAGUGUAGGCUAUUACCAGAAAAAAAGAUAACCUUUUAAAUUGCAUUAUCGUAACUCAACACUUUCAAGGUAUAUAAAAUAAUUUUAUUAAAGUAUGAAAAAUAUAUAUAUCCUAUUUCAUAAUUAAAGUAAGUACAACUAUUACAAUUAUCGCCAAGAGCACAUCAACUCCUACUGACCCAAAUAAACUGUAAAAACAACCCAAACUAAAUCAUUUGUUUCAUUGAUAUGGUCUUGGUUAGCAGAUAGCACCAAUCAUUAGCCUGGGUACCAUUCUGUUCACGCCAAACAUGACAAGGAGUUGACAUGAUAGCACAUAAAAGAUCUGGGACCAGGCUAAUCAAUCAUAGCACCAACGGAACAAUUCCGUAACAUUAUAAGAUGAUAAAUAGACGGAUGCUGUAUAUGACAGCUAUGCGACAGGGUAGCUAGACAGCUAUGGUUUGGUAUAGUACAUUUGUUAGGUGGGUGGCUAGCUAUAUAGUGUUGUACAGUAGGGUACAGCACAGAAUGAUACAGUUUGCUGAGAUAUCAUGAACCGUAGAGGUGAAAACAUAAUGGACUUAGUAGGACA